AAAUAGUGCUGCUUCACGCGAGCCUGGCAGCUCUCAUUCCCUCUUCACCGCAAGCUACAAUGCUCGUGCCUCACUAUCUCCAGGGCAUAUACGCGCUCGCAAAUAGGAGCAAGAAUGCUCUUCCGAAGAAAGAGGGCUACAGGGUCGGCAUAGUAGCUGCGUUGAUGACGGUGGCUUUCUGGCUCGCCGCUGUAAGGUACCAUCAGAUCACGUCCUCCAACAAUUCUGUUCCUCAACGCCAGCUCUCUCCUAUCGCCACUUUUUCAGUCGCUACUGAGUAUCGCAAGAAUUCUGAUGUUAUCUUUGAGAAUUAUCUGGAUUCUGUGCUCGCAAAGCUCAAAAUGGAGUACGUGAGCUCUUACGACCCUGAGGUGUGGCCUACAAAGAUAUUCCAAACCGCGCGAACUGUCAACGAUAAAUAUAAAGACGCGGUCGCGUCUUGGUCGGCUUAUAAUCCUCAAUAUGAGCAUAUGCUUCUGGGUGACAAGGCCGCUACCGAAUUCGUCGAACGCGCUUUUGCUGCUUCGCCCGAAAUUGUAGAAGUCUACAAGUCAUUUCCUAACGCUGCUUUGAAAGCCGAUCUUCUCCGAUACUUGCUGCUCUAUUUAUAUGGAGGGGUAUAUGCCGAUGUUGACCUUUAUUGUCGCAAGCCUAUCAGCGAAUGGAUACCUCAUGACCUCGCAAAGUCAGAUGCUGACGUUAUAAUCGGAAUUGAGCUCGAUGAGCCAUAUGUCACGUUGGAAACUCAGCGCCAAUGGCACUGGCAUAGGCCAUAUAGCUUCGCUCAGUUCACCAUCGUCGCUAAGCCUUUCGCGAAGCCCAUCAGGACUGCCAUUGUCCGUGUUGUUGCGCACGCCCAUCACCUUGCGCGUCUCAAAAACAAGUCUUCACCAUCCAAGAUUUCGAAAUACACACCGGAAGAAGUGUUCGAGGUCAGCGGACCGGGAAUGUGGACCGAUGUGUUGAUUGACUCUAUGAAUUACAGACGUAAAGAUGUCUCUUGGGCGCAGAUGAACAAUCUCAAGAAGCCCAUAAGAGUACCUACCGAAAAUGGCGCAAUCAUCGUUUUGCCCGUGCAGUAUUUCGGCAACGGACAGCGUCACUCGAAUGCUGGCGACUACAACCAGCCUGAGGCAUGCGUCUCUCAUUUAUUCACGAAAAGUUGGCAGCGAUUUUCUUGGUUCUAAAGCAUCGAGCGAAAAUCGCCAAAUUUCAUUCAUGAUUUGGAAUUUUAGGAGCACUCGGGUCUUUUUCAUUCGAGUUUAAUUAGUAUUUUCUAUUUUCUUUUGGCGUCUAUGUUGUUUGGAUCCAUACAUCGAGCUUCUUGCUCUCGUUACAUAGUCUAUUCUUUUAUACGGGAUUUGGGAUUUCUGUACAAUAAAAUACUGUAGAGACCCCUAAUUGUCGGAAAUGAAACAUCUUGAAUUAAUCUGUAGGAAUGCUUGCUGGGACGAAAGAUGCCAUUUGCUUCGCGGCUUGUGAGGACUGCAGCCACGAAAGUCAACGUGACAUCGA